AUGUCUGGAUUUCGUGCACCUCCCCGCAAGGGCGAGAACUUCGAGCUGAGUGCCGAUCUCAACAGUGAGUACCGAGAAAAGCGCAAGGACGCCAUUAAGAAAGUCAUCGCUAAUAUGACUGUGCAGAAGGAUGUCAGCGGCCUGUUUCCCGACGUCCUCAAGAACAUGCAAACAGACGACCUCGAGCAGAAGAAACUGGUCUACCUCUACCUCAUGAACUACGCCAAGACGCAACCGGAGCUCGUCAUCCUCGCUGUGAACACCUUCGUGAAAGACACUGACGAUCCAAACCCUCUCGUUCGCGCGCUGGCCAUCCGGACAAUGGGCUGUCUCCGUGCGGAGAAGAUCAUCGACUAUCUCUGUGACCCGCUCCAGAAAUGCCUACGAGACGACAAUCCCUACGUGCGCAAGACAGCUGCGCUGUGCGUGGCCAAAUUGUACGAUCUCAAACCCGAGCUGGUACUGGAAAACGGAUUCCUAGAGACCUUGCAGGAGAUGAUCGCGGAUAGUAACCCUAUGGUUGUUGCCAACACUGUUGCGGCAUUGUCUGACAUCCACACUGCAGCCACUGCCGCAGGCACCUCUUCAGAUGCGUUCCAGAUCACUUCGGUGAUCCUGAACAAACUCCUCGUGGCGCUGAAUGAGUGCUCUGAAUGGGGACGCGUCGCGAUUCUCAACGCUCUGGCUCGAUACGAGACGGUGGACGAAAAGGAGAGCGAACACAUUUGUGAACGAGUCGUGCCUCAGUUUCAGCAUGCCAACGCUAGCGUCGUACUCGCGGCCGUAAAGGUUGUCAUGAUCCAUAUGCGCCAUGUACAUUCCGAGAACCUUACGAAACAGUUCUUACGCAAGAUGGCUCCACCGUUGGUCACAUUGCUUUCGAAUCCACCAGAAGUUCAAUGGGUCGCGCUACGGAAUAUCAACCUCCUUCUGCAAAAACGACCAGAAUUACUGUCCAAUGAGAUGCGCGUGUUUUUCUGCAAGUAUAACGACCCAUUGUUCGUGAAGGUGGAGAAGCUGGACAUUAUGGUCCGACUUGCAGGAGAGAACAAUGUCGAUGCGUUGCUGAGCGAAUUGAAAGAAUACGCGUCGGAGGUGGACGUUGACUUCGUUCGUAAAAGUAUCAAAGCGAUCGGUCAGACAGCGAUUAAGAUUGACGUAGCUGCGGAGCGUUGUGUCAACGUGCUGCUUGAGCUAAUUGGUACUCGUGUCAGUUACGUGGUUCAGGAGGCAGUCGUUGUGAUGAAGGACAUUUUCCGGAAAUACCCUGCCACAUAUGAAGGUGUUAUCCCGACGCUCUGCGCAAAUCUCGACGAGCUUGAUGAACCAGAAGCCAAAGCAUCCCUCAUUUGGAUUAUCGGCGAAUAUGCGAACAAGAUCGAUAAUGCGGACGAGCUGCUCAGCAUUUUUGUCGAUACCUUCACGGAGGAAUCUUACCCAGUUCAAUUGCAAACAUUGACAGCUGUAGUUAAGCUGUUCUUGCAGAAGCCCGACGGCUCGCAAGGCCUCGUGCAGAGAGUAUUAAACACGGCGACGAAGGACUGCGAUUCGCCUGAUGUGCGAGACCGUGCAUACAUCUACUGGAGGUUGCUAUCGACAGAUCCUGGUGCGGCUAAGGCCGUAGUCUUGUCACAUCGACCACCAAUUACUCUUCCGAGGACUACAGUGUCACAACCGCUGCUAGAAGAGUUGCUUGGCGAGAUCUCAAGUCUUGCGAGCGUUUACCACAAACCAGCGGAGACGUUCGUCGGCCGAGGGCGUGUCGGCAUUGAUACCGUCCAACGCAAAGAUUUGGAACCCGCAGACGAGCGAUCAGCUGCCCAAAAAGCGCUACAGACCGUCGCGGCCGGGCAGCAAUCGGAAAAUCUGCUCGACUUCGCCGACGAUGGUGCAGGUGACGGACAACAGCCCUCCGGGCUGGCUGCGACAACAGUGCUCGCCUCCACGCCCGCAGCGGUGAAUAUCCUCUCGGGCACGUCCAGCAACCCGCUGGAUGAUCUUGUGUCGAUCUUUGGGAGCGCAAGCAUGACCGUGCCUUCCACUCAGCCGCCAACAAGCGCGACCCCGCUGGUCGGGUUCGGGUUUGCUGCACCGGCGACGCCGUCUGUCCUGCAGGCGGCGUCGCCGCCUGUGCAACAAGCGCCACAGGAUGACUUGUUGGGAUUAUUUUGA